CCUGAAAACACCACAUAUAAUUUUUGCUCUACACCAUCUUGCUAACUACUAACAUCUGCCGAAUCUAAAUAUAAGAAUCCUGUUGAUCUGCCACUUUUGGGCAUUUCUUCCUGCACCUCAUGCGCGUCAUUCAUCGAGCUACAACUCUACUAAAAUUCUGCCACCAAUAUAGCAACAUCUUCCAACCUACCUGCCCGGCUCCAAUUUCUUCAAUCUCAAGCAUGUCGACUUCAAGCUCCACUCCUCUUGCUCCAGUAAUGUCCGUAUGCCAUGGUGGUGGUCCCAUGCCCGUUAUGAACGACCCCGACCAUGCCGAACUCAUAAAGUCCAUGAGCACUCGCGUUCCAGAAAUACUAGGCAUUUCACCUAAUUCCUCUACUUCGAGUGCUCCAAAGGCUAUUGUGUUAGUUACUGCGCAUUGGACCGAGACACGUCCUCAUAUAAGCAGCGCUCAGCACCACGAUUUAUAUUAUGAUUACUCUGGAUUUCCAUCCGAGACAUAUAAAUUAAAGUACCCUGCACCCGGAAGUCCAGAAGUAGCAAAGGAGGUUUUCGAGCUAUUGGAUGGGGCAGGGUUAAAACCGGUGUUGGAUGAGAAAAGAGGCUGGGACCAUGGCGUAUUCAUUCCCCUCCUCCUCAUUGCCCCCAAAGCACAGAUUCCCAUCGUUCAAGUUUCCGUUUUACGAUCGAAUUCUCCUGCUCAACAUUAUGCUAUGGGCCAGGCUCUGGCACCUUUGCGCUCUCGUGGAAUAGCUAUUCUGGGUAGUGGCAUGCCGACGUUUCAUAACCUUCGUCUCAUGUUCUCUGGCGUCAUGAACACUCCUGCAUACAAAGCACGAAAUAAUGAGUGGUCAUAUCGGUUGACGGAAACACUGAAAAUAGCCGAUGCUGAAGAACGCGGUAAAAAGCUACAAGAUUGGAGGCAAUGGACCGGUGCUGAGGAUGCACAUCCUGAAAGAGGACAAGAACAUUUCCUGCCAUUGAUUGUAUGCGCGGGCGCUGGAGGCAAUGAACCGGGAAAAGGAUGGGAAGAUCAAGUUAUGGGUUCAUCGCAGUGGACAUAUUAUUGGGAUUAAGGGUACCUGUCAUGUAGCGUUCUUGUGAACAUGACUGGGCAAUUGAGGCGUGAGGCGAUAUUUUAUACCACAUGGUUAACUUAGGAGAUUAAUCGGAUGCAUGACACAUGAUACCCGCACAUCAUAACUUUCAAGACGGUUCUAUCAACCGAAACUUUGGACAAGAGCAUAUAAUAUUUAUGAGGAAUAUCACGAAAUUGGUAUACCAUACAAGUAACAGUUCCAUCAGAUCAUUGUCUCUUUCGAAUUCGUAACUCGUUUCGUCUGAGCGUUAUCAAGUUGGCUUUAAAAAGAAAUUACAGCACAUGAGCUCCAGAAACAUUAUGCUUGGAAAAAUGCUUUCAAUCUAUAAAGAGUAGGAAAAUAAGAGACUAAAGUGAGGAUAAUAGAACACGCUUGAAGGUCAUAAGGUGCAUCAGGUCAAGAUUUGAAAGUAAAAACGAUGAUAAGCAAGGACGACGUUGCCGAAAACCAAGAGC